AUGGGUUCCAAUGCUCAAGAUAUCAAAGUUUUUAGCCGUAAACAGCAGCUGCUUCCCGAAGCUGCUUUUCAGGAGCUGAAGGGUGCGGUACAGGGUGAAGUCAUCAUCAAGGCUUGGAUCCGAGAAGCCGCCAUCAUCAUCUUCUGUGAGACCGACCAAGAUGUCGCUCCCUCUCUGAAAUAUGUUCAGAAAUGGGACUUGGACGUGGCAAUUGCAGCAGGUAGACAUAGUCAUUAUGGAGCUUCAUCUACUAGUGGUGGACUUGUGAUUGAUCUGAGGAAGAUGAGGAAGGUCGAGAUUGACAUUGAGAAGAAGAGCGUUACCGGUCAGGGUGGGUGUGUCGCUGCUGAUCUGGAGAAACCGCUUGAAGAAAAGGGAUAUGUGGCUGUUUUUGGGGCAAACAACGAGACGGAAAUCGGAGGCAUUACGUUAGGAGGAGGAACCCGUUAUUUGACCGGUCAACACGGAAUGGUGAUCGAUAACUUGCUUUCUGCAAAGGUGGUUCUUGCGGAUGGAAGUGUUGUAGAAGCAUCGGAGAAAUCCAACCCUGAUCUUUUCUGGGGUAUUAGAGGAGGUGGAUCGAACUUUGGUGUGGUGACGGAGUUCACUUACAAAAUCCAUGAGCACAAGGGAGAUGUUUUCUUUGGAAUCAUCGCUUUCUCUCCGGACAAGAGCAAGAAAUUGCUCGGGAUCAUCGAGGAUUUGCGGAAAGACAUCGAGUCCGCAGAUGGAAAACUUGUCUGGAUGAUAGCACUCGCGAGAUUUCCAGGUCAGCCCAAGGUUCAUCCGCUGGUGUUAAUGUUCUAUGACGGGCCGGAAGAAGAAGCAAAGAAGUUUUUAGCCCCAGUUGUUGCACUUGAACCUUUCGUGAAUCAGACCUCAAUGAAGCCAUACACAAAAAUUACGGAUCCAAUGCCUGCGAUGGCUCCAAAUCACAAUCGGGUCUCCUCGAGCAAUGCUACUCUAACAUCACCUUUCGACGCAGCAGUUGUCGAAACGCUCAUCGAUGAUUUGGACGCCUUUCUGAACAAAUAUGGGGAAGCUGUUACUCCUUCGAAAGUCGUAAUUGAGCUGCGGUCAUACAGGGCAUCUGCAGCCGUCGAUCCAGCUGCUACAGCGUACAGAUCCCGCGCCGAAACCAUCUUGGUGGUCAUGGAAGCAAAUCACGAUGAUUCGGUCUCGAAUUUAGUGAUCAGGGAGGAGGUCAAGGCCAUAACUGAUAAGGUGAAAGCUUCGAAGAAGCAGAAAGAUCCGAAAAGUGAGGAUACCUUCAAUUUCAACGUCUCAGGAGGCAUAGAGAAAGUGAAGGACGCGUAUGGAGAGAACUAUCCCCGACUGAGGGAAUUGAAGCGGAAGUAUGAUCCGAAUUUUGUGUUCAACAAGUGGUAUCCAAUUCCUCCUGCUGAGGAGUAGCUAAUCACACCAGCUAUUGGGUCGGAGGUACGCUGGGAAGACAUGUAGCAAGUGAUGAGACAUUGAUAUAGUAUCUAUCUGCAGUAUUAUUACCGAUCCUUGAAGCAUAAAUCAGCCGCCUCGUGUUGAAAUAUAUAUCACCCCAAGUUUCACAUAGACCCAAAUCAACAUACCCGAGCCAAUCACGCACAUCAGGCGUUCAUCGUUAUGUAUAAUAGUAUCGCUACCCCAGGGAUGGUC